AUGUUCCUCAAACUCUCGGUCCACUGGCUGCUCCUGGCCACAACCCUUGUCAGCGGCGUCGCCAAAGCAUCAUGCAACUCCAUCAAGACAUAUCCGGUCCCAGAUGGGGUAGCGCGCAAAGCGUCGUACGAAGUCAAAGUCCGCUCUCCUGGCGGUGCCUGGCACGAGCUCGAGAUUUACGAAACCCGGCACCAGGAAGUCAAUGUGACGACUGGCAGGACCGCAACCUUCACUGGUUCGCUGGCCUACUUUGACUUUCAAGGCAGGGUGGAGGUGGCCGUGUCUUACAAGGCCGGUGCUAUCACCAAAGCUCGCAUCCGCCCCGAUUCAUUCAACAUUGUGCCAGCAGUUGACGGAGACUCGAUCGCCUUCGCGUUGGACAAGCCUAAGAAUUUGGUGGUUCACGCGACCGAGAAUGUGUUUGAUGUCCUGCACCUCUUCAGCAACAGCAUCGUCGACGAAUCUGCCGCCAAGAACGAUACAAACACGCUGUACUACGGGCCGGGCUAUCACGUCGCCAAAGACCCGAUUGUGGUCGAGUCGGGAAAGACCUUGUACGUGGCUGGCGGCGCCGUGCUCAAGGCGUCAGUCAGCUUCGACAACCAGACGGGUGCCGCGCUCCGGGGCCACGGCAUCCUGUACAAGUCGAGCUCGCACACAAUCUCGGCGUGGCAGAGCAAGAACAUUUUGAUCCAGGACAUCAUCGUUUUGAACCCCGGCCACUACACGGCCCAGAUUGCCGAGUCGGACGGCGUCACGGUCAGCGGGCUGCGGUCGUUCAGCGCCGUGCAAUGGGGCGACGGUAUCGACGUCUUCAGCAGCAAGAAUGUGCUGAUCGACAAUGUCUUCCUGCGAACAUCGGACGACUCCAUCGCCAUUUACACGCACAGGUGGGACUUUUACGGAGACACGCAGAACGUGACGGUCCGAGACUCGAUCCUCUGGGCUGACCUUGCGCAUCCGAUUAACAUUGGCACGCAUGGCAACUCGACCAAUCCCGAGACCUUGUCCGGCCUGACAUUUUCGAAUCUCGACAUCCUCGACCACCGGGAGUUUCAGAUGGGCUACCAGGGGUGCAUCGCCAUCAACCCCGGCGACAGCAACCUCGUCAAGGACGUGCUGAUCGAGGACGUCCGGGUGGAGGACUUCCGGCACGGCCAGCUCAUUACCAUGAUGGUCAUGUACAACCAAAAGUACAACACGUCGCCGGGACGCGGCAUCUCCAACGUGACGAUCCGAAACCUCGACUACAAGGGGACCAAUGCCGGCACCGCCAUCAUGACAGGCUACAACGAGACGAGGGGUAUCGAGUCGAUCAAGUUUGAGAACCUCACCAUCAACGGACAGGGGAUCAACGACAAGAUGGCCAAGCCGGGCUGGUACCUCACCUCGGAUUUCUUCCCCAUGUAA